AUGGAAUCUCUCAUCGUUCACUGUGCGCUCAUGAUGUUCAUGGCUACUUGCCUCGGGAUGUCUAUUGCUUCCUUCCAAAACGCGUUCUCCUCCUUUGCUGGGGGAAACCGGAUUGCAGGCAUCCUGCCCACUUCGAUGGCUGUGCUUUACUUGAUACUCUUUAUCCAUUUGCUCCUGUUCGUCCUGAAGAAUAUCUUUGGCGCACCCGGCGCCGACCAAACCGAUCCCCGCGACCCGCCACCUGAUCCAGAUGCUGCUCCUUUGAAUACUUGGGAUCCCCACAGCCCAUCACAUCGCGGUAUGGGACAGGGAUAG